GGAGAGCAAAGCUCGGGAGCCAGCGAGGAGUGGAGCUGAGCCUGGCCUCGCAUGCUGCCAGAGGACCACCUCCCGAGCCAGAGUUCUUCCCCCUCUUCUGCUCGCUCCCAGCGCCCCUGCCGCCCUCCCUUCCUGCCCAGUACAAUGCAUUCUUGACUGGCAGCGCCUGGACUCCUAGCAGCCCCGAGAGCCGGAGCAAGCCACAGGGAGGACGGGAGCCAGACACUCUGGUGGGAGCUCGGAUGCCUGGCACUCUUUGAGGACAUCUCUGGAGCAACGGUGGCUUUGGGGUGGGGGGUGGUGCUGCAGGCAACCCAGCCAGGCCCCAAGAUGGACACUUCUGGGCACUUCCAUGACUCGGGGGUGGGGGACCUGGAUGAAGACCCCAAGUGCCCCUGUCCAUCCUCCGGGGAUGAGCAGCAGCAGCAGCAGCAGCAGCCGCCACCAGCGCCAGCACCCCCGGCAGCCCCCCAGCAGCCCCCGGGACCCCUGUUGCAGCCUCAGCCUCAGCCUCAGCCUCAGCCUCUGCAGCAGCAGCAGCAGCAGCAGCAGCAGCCACCGCAUCCCUUGUCUCAGCUCGCCCAACUCCAGAGCCAGCCCGUGCACCCCGGCCUGCUCCACUCCUCUCCCACGGCUUUCAGGGCCGCCCCCUUGUCCAACUCCACCGCCAUCCUCCACCCUUCCUCCAGGCAAGGCAGCCAGCUCAAUCUCAAUGACCACUUGCUUGGCCACUCUCCAAGUUCCACAGCCACAAGUGGGCCCGGUGGAGGCAGCCGGCACCGGCAGGCCAGCCCCCUGGUGCACCGGCGGGACAGCAACCCCUUCACGGAGAUCGCCAUGAGCUCCUGCAAGUACAGUGGUGGGGUCAUGAAGCCCCUCAGCCGCCUCAGCGCCUCCCGGAGGAACCUCAUCGAGGCUGAGCCCGAGGGCCAACCCCUCCAGCUCUUCAGCCCCGGCAACCCCCCCGAGAUCAUCGUCUCCUCCCGGGAGGACAACCAUGCCCACCAGACUCUGCUCCAUCACCCCAAUGCCACCCACAACCACCAGCACGCCGGCACCACCCCCAGCGGCACCACCUUCCCCAAAGCCAACAAGCGGAAAAACCAAAACAUUGGCUAUAAGCUGGGACACAGGAGGGCCCUGUUUGAAAAGAGAAAGCGGCUGAGUGACUAUGCUCUGAUUUUUGGGAUGUUUGGAAUUGUUGUUAUGGUGAUAGAGACGGAGCUCUCUUGGGGUUUGUACUCAAAGGAUUCCAUGUUUUCGUUGGCCCUGAAAUGCCUUAUCAGUCUGUCCACCAUCAUCCUCUUGGGUUUGAUCAUCGCCUAUCACACCCGUGAAGUCCAGCUCUUCGUGAUCGACAACGGUGCGGAUGACUGGCGGAUAGCCAUGACCUACGAGCGCAUCCUCUACAUCAGUCUGGAGAUGCUGGUGUGCGCCAUCCACCCCAUCCCCGGCGAGUACAAGUUCUUCUGGACGGCUCGCCUGGCCUUCUCCUACACGCCCUCGCGGGCGGAGGCCGACGUGGACAUCAUCCUGUCCAUCCCCAUGUUCCUGCGCCUGUACCUGAUCGCGCGCGUCAUGCUGCUGCACAGCAAGCUCUUCACCGACGCCUCGUCGCGCAGCAUCGGGGCGCUCAACAAGAUCAACUUCAACACGCGCUUCGUCAUGAAGACGCUCAUGACCAUCUGCCCGGGCACCGUGCUGCUGGUGUUCAGCAUCUCGCUGUGGAUCAUCGCGGCCUGGACCGUCCGCGUCUGUGAAAGGUACCAUGACCAGCAGGACGUAACUAGUAACUUUCUGGGUGCCAUGUGGCUCAUCUCCAUCACAUUCCUUUCCAUUGGUUAUGGGGACAUGGUGCCCCACACAUACUGUGGCAAAGGUGUGUGUCUUCUCACCGGCAUCAUGGGCGCGGGCUGCACCGCCCUGGUGGUGGCCGUGGUGGCCCGAAAGCUGGAGCUCACCAAAGCGGAGAAGCACGUGCACAACUUCAUGAUGGACACUCAGCUCACCAAGCGGAUCAAGAACGCUGCAGCCAACGUCCUCCGGGAGACGUGGCUCAUCUACAAACACACGAAGCUGCUGAAGAAGAUCGACCAUGCCAAAGUCAGGAAGCACCAGAGGAAGUUCCUCCAAGCGAUCCACCAACUGAGGAGCGUCAAGAUGGAGCAGAGGAAGCUGAGCGACCAAGCCAACACCCUGGUGGACCUCUCCAAGAUGCAGAACGUCAUGUAUGACUUAAUCACAGAGCUCAACGAUCGGAGUGAGGACCUGGAGAAGCAGAUUGGGAGCCUGGAGUCCAAGCUGGAGCACCUCACGGCCAGCUUCAACUCCCUGCCCGUGCUCAUCGCGGACGCGCUGCGCCAGCAGCAGCAGCAGCUGCUCUCGGCCAUCAUCGAGGCCCGGGGCGUCAGCGUGGCAGUGGGCACCACCCACACCCCACUCUCCGACAGCCCGAUCGGGGUCAGCUCCACCUCCUUCCCGACCCCGUACACAAGUUCGAGCAGUUGCUAAAUAAACCUCCCCACUCCAGAAGCAUUACCCAUAGGUCUUAAGAUGCAAAUCAGCUCUCUCCUGGUCCCUUUGCCGUCAAGGAACGCUGAGACCAGGGAAUGUAAAGAAGAGAGUCCGAGCUACUUAACUAACUCAUGUUCAUUCAGCGUGCUUGGUUCGAUAUGCCUUGAAACCAGAAAUCUAAUCUCUGUUUAGGUGCCUCUCCUUGGAAGCAGGAAGCUGAGAUGACAGGAAGCGACACCUCUGGCAGGGCCCUUGCUGCAGAGCUGGUGGAGAACAGAAAUCCACGCUCAAUCUCAGGUGUUCACAGCGGGAGUGGGAGCCACAUGCGCUGACGCGGCCAACAGUGAACCGCCCAGAGGGUGUCCCGCUGGGGGAGGGGGCGUGUGAGGCUUGGGGAGUGGGCUCCUCACCACUGGGGUCCUCGAGCACACCUCUCUCUUUUCCUUUUGUCUGAGGGAGCUGCUGGAUGGCAAAAGGAAAAGAGAGCUGCCCACAACUUGCCAAAAACAGUCAUUCUUUCCUCCCAAACCUUAUACAAUCAUAAAGCCCAAUUGAGAUGGAGGGGAAAAAAAAAAACACCCAGAAAAAUAAAAGGCCAGAUUUCCCAUCCAUCCAAUAUCAAUACCCAUAUAAACCUGUGUGUUUGCAAGAGUGUGCGCACACACACACACACACACACACACACACACACACACACAUCCCACAUCCCACCCAAGUCUUGUCUUGUCUUUGAACUUGUCCCAAAUGAAAAGGGGCCUGGCACCUUCCGCUGCACACAGUAGGCACUCUCUCUAAAUGUGUGUUGAGUUGGUCUGGACCCCAGUGUGGGUGCUUUCCGGUCAGGGAGCUUGCUGGUGUUGGCCACAUGCUGAGCUUCACAGAAGAUGCAGGUCCCUUCAGACACAAUACAGGUUGCUUCAUCCUGGAUGUGCACCAGGUUGCUGGGUUUGAGAGGAUGCCAAGCUAAAACUGUUGGCAUUCUGGAGGGAUAAGCAGUCUUCCAAAAAUAACAGCUUUGCAGAGUUUUCUUCUUAUAUCCGAACGAGUCAUGUUCCUAUGGAGCACGUGACCAGGGGUGUGCAUGUGGGGGACGGGGUCUACACAGGCACAGGCAGGGGCGACCCAAUGACACUUGAGUAAAUAGACGUGUUGUCUGGGGAUUCGCUCAGCGAGAUGUAUCCAGCAACAGGUCUCCAGGUCCAGAUGUUAGGAGUACAAAGGGGUCAAGUGCCCCAUGGGGUCCCUCCUACCUGACCCGAAAUCACCUCCACAUGAAAUAUUAUGAGAUUAAAGGGAACCCUUAGGGAACCUUGUGGGUCAGGUGAGAUGACAUGGAUAUGUCUGUAGCCUGUUCCUACUGUGCCAUGUUAACCUUGGUGCGAAAACUAUUCUAAUAUCUCACCAACUCCAAGAGACUUCAGAAACAUUGCCAUCCAGUGUAGGGACAGGUGUUGUGAGGAGGGGGCCUGUGGGAAGCAAAACAUUUCCACAGCUCCGUGACCAACCACACGUAGCAGUUGUCAUGUGGAAGCGUCGUGUUACUCAUCCCUUUCUCACUCUGAGGCCUUUGACGUCUGCCCGUGGGGAGCUACAGGAUGCUGCAUGGAGCAUUUUGCCUGUUUAGGGUGAAACAAAAGGGUGUCCUGGUUGCCCUGCUGGGCUUCGCUUUGUGCAGGACGCCGUCGCCAUUCUGGAGGCCGUGUUCUGUCUGGGCCGGCUUUCCUUCUGCCGGACUGGCCUGGUCUCCUGAGACAAGGGAACCAGUAAAAGGUAGAUGACUCUAGAACUAAGGCCACUCUUCUUUUUUUAAUCCUCACCUGAGGAUAUGUUUUAAUUGAUUUUUAGAGAGGAAGUGAGAGAGAGAGAAAGAGAGAGAGAGAGAGAGAGAGAGAGAGAGAGAGAGAGAGAGAGAGAGAGAGAGAUCAAUUGCCUCCCAUAUGAGCCCGGACCAGGGAUUGAGCUUGCAACGUUUUUGAUGUACAGGAUGACGCUCCAAUUAACUGAGCCACCUGGCCAGGGCAAACUGAGGCCACUCUUGCUAAACUUUUUUUUUUAACCUAUUUAAUUGGUGUUGCUGUUCCUUUCAUGGUCUCAUGUUUAUUCGAUAAUCCCUUUGAACAUUCUCAUUGGUUGCUUUGCACAACACAGAUGCCGCCCUUGCUGUUGGCUUUUUAUGUUUUUACUUGUCCUUUUAACUAUUGACUCUCGGAAGGAUCUCUCUCCAUUUUCAUGUCCUAAGAAUGGUGCUCCUGCUUUCAGUGACGGUUCAGCUGAACAGACAAACCCAUGUGUAAACAGGUGAAAUGACCAUGCAGUCUCUUUAAAGCAUCAGUUCCAUUUCACGGAGUAAGGACCACUGCCAGGUCAAGUUGAGGGUGCCAACUCUGAUCAUUUAACCUACAGCCCUCAACUAUUCACUCCUAUUCACCCUUUCCACUCUGCUCAGUGCUGUGGUAUGUGUGUGUGUGUGUGCACGUGCACACAAAUAGCAAUUUAUCCUUCAUUUCAAGUAAAUGACGUGCAAGAUUCCACUGCCAUUCCCCCUGCCCCAAGGUGUGCACAGACCAUCAUUGACCCACCCAGUCUGUGGAUAAAUCAUCUGUAAUCCAUCAUGAAUGUUGUGCACUUAGUUGAGCACGGAAGACCACUCUAGCAACACUAGUAAAGGGUGUGGUUGGAGUUAUUUCCAGUAGCAGGAGCCACUGGCAUCCUAGAAACACAUUGGCAUUGGGAGCAUGCCUUGACCUAUUGGUAGUGCAAUAGCUAUGGAUGGAUUUUAUUGUUGGCAAAAGAAUACUUAAUCCCCCCCCAAAAAAAAAGUCAUCAAAUUUGCAUGUUGAUCCUGCACUGGUAAAUAGAAGGCUGCUUCUCUGUGCUAGUAAUUCAGCUGGAUGUGGGAAGUUACCCAUUCUCCUGCAAGGACAAUCAACCCCCGAUGACUUAGGUAUGGAUGAUCCAGGGUAUGUUACCCGGGUGUUCCUCUCACAGCCAGUCUUUUGGCUAAUCCCACUGUGCUUCAGCAUCACAGGCCGAGGGGGAAAGAGGGCAGGUGGACUCUCAUACCAUGCCCUCUUGUUCCUUAUUUUCAAGUUUGAUGGUGGAGGAGGUUUAAUGAUCUGCUCAAGAAUUGGCUCUAUGUAAAAACUGUGCGUUACGAUCCCCUCCAAUGCUGAACUGGUUGAGUUCUGUCCACUCCUGGAAGGCUGACCCAGUGCAGAGUCCCUACUAUAACCUUCGUGAUAACUUAGUAACAGGUCGAAGUACCCUAAUGUUUCCUAAAAUAUCUAGACACUUGAAAAAAAAACAACACAGGGCCACUUCCCCCCUCUACCCCCAUCGCUUAAGCCAUAUUAUAGCCUCAUGUACUGUAAAGUCAGGGAUGUACUGUGAUACUUUAAGACCACUAAUCUCAGUGGAACUUCAGGAUAUAGCAUCAGUUGUAACUCAUACCAGACUAGGGGCUCACUCCUCCUUAGAUUGAAGUCCAAAUGGAAAUCACCUUUGGCUCAAAGGCCACAGACGUAGGAUCAUCAUGAAUAAAUUGCCAAAAGGUAUCUAUGAACCGCUCUCGCAACCCUCAUAAUAUGUAACUUCAUGAGUUCAUAUCUCCAGAAAUGCUUAAUAUGACCCAAAUGAGCAAGAGGCUCAAGGCCCUGAGUCAUCACUCACUAGUGACCUCAGCAACGACCAGUGGUGUAACAGCAAUCUCAUGACUUAGGAGGUGGAGGAAAAGUAUGUGCAAGUAAGUUCCAAAGUGCCGAGCAACUGCAAGCUAUUGUUUAUUUAAGGAUAAGAAGGCACCAGGUGGAAAAAAAUAAUGACUUUCAUAUAUUUGAGGAUUUCCCCCUUAGAUUUCAGUAAUGUCCUUGUAAGUGAGUGAUCGUAGAAAAAGAAGAAAACUGGGGAUUCAGAAUCAGAAUAAAAUUCUAACACUGGAUCCCCAUCUUUGGCCAAUUCAUAGAACCACAUCAUACCUCAGUUUAUCUGUACUUAAAAUGAAGACACUAGUUAAUGUUAUUAAGUACAAGGUAUUCAAUCGAUUUAAAAAAAAAAGGAACCACUAUUGUCAUCAACAGCAAGCCAAACCAAAUCUAUCUAGCCCACCCUUUGACGUGACAGCUGAAGGCAAUCAGGAGUUACCAAAAAGUCAUUAUUAUCUAUCAACUAGGCAGGGAGAGAGAUAGGAGGAGCACACAGCUCCGGGACCUCUCUGCUCUUCAGAGUGCACCCCGACAAGCAGUGCACCCCGAUUACGCAUCAGUGUUGCCCUGCCAUCACAGCACCGCACCUGGGCCACGAUGAGAGCCUUGCACUACCAGCAGGUUACUCCUCUUCUUAAGUUACUGCCUUUAAAUCCUAAACUGUGUCCCCAGUUCCAUCCAGUCAUUCUACGUCCCUGGAAGUUGCUGGGAAGCAGAUGAAGGAUCCGUUAGUGGUCCUUUUGCUGUCCCCCAUGGACUCCGCUGCGUCCGGUUUCAGUACCUUAGACAGCUACCUGGUGGCUUCCUGGUAGGCGCGGAACAGCCCCUUCCCUUCCCCCUGCAGUCAGACAGCUUGAUGGCGCUCUGGACACUUUCCCUUCCUUCUCUGCUGCCACCAAAGUAAUCAUGGGGAACGCGGCUGUUGACCCCACUAAGAAAGGAGUGUUCCAGGACAGCAAUAGUCACUGUCGGCCUCUGGCAUAGAACGUAGGUGAGCGCUCUUCGUCCUGCAGGCUUGUGCCAGGUUGCAUGAAUAGAAAUGAAUAUUAAACUCCUGUCAGGCAAGGGAUAUGUAGCUAUGUACUGGCAUAGAUGGAAGCUUGUUAAACAGUAUUCCGUGCGAUGGUAUAGUCUCAUCUAGGCUAGGGGGAAAUAACUGUGAUCUUUUUUUUCUUACACCGUUACUGGAAGCGCCCAAACACAAACUGGAGUUCCCUCUGAACAAAACCAUGAUCCAAUCUUCAACGUAUGACCUCCAAUCUAGGUGCCAAGUGCCCUGUGACACUCAUUGACACACCUGAGAAUCGCAUUCUGGAAGCGGUCCCCUUGGACCCAGACCAUGUGUUGAAACAAACAAAAGAGACGUUGUGGCCAGCCAGGCUGAUGGAGGAAAAGCACAAAAUUUAAUAUCAACCUGAAGUGAGGAUCCCAAAGAGAUGCUGAAUUUAUAGCCAAAAAAAAAAAAAAUCGAUGACAAAUCAAAUACGAAUCUGAUUGGAACAGCCCACAUCCAGAUUCCCAGGCGGACAGGGAAUAAAUGGCGUUCUCUAACCGUGUCGGAUUAUUUCAGUUCUUGAAUCUCAACCAAGGCCGAUUCACCUUCAUCGGACACAGUGUUUAAAGGCACAGCAACUCACUCAGCGUUGGCCCCAGACUCUCAUUCUGCACCGACCAGAAGCGAAGGACAGAAGAGACUGACAGGAUGUUCAUGGAGGAAACGUUUUCAUGGCAAACUCAGAAACUGAAGUGUUUAUAUUCAGAAUCAGCUGAGCUUCACUAUGAAUUUGCAUCUUGCCUCUCUGUACUGCUUGCUAUUUUUUAAUGAUAGGAGAAAGCAUAUCAGUUUAUUUUAAAUAUGAAAUAUAUUGCUAUAUUACAAAAUAUAUUGUAACUUUCCAUUAACAUUUUGUAUCCAACUAGUCUUUGGCAGGUCAAGUGUCGGCCUGCUCUCCCCAUGACUGUUUCUGAGUACACAUCCCUGCGAGUGAUUGCCCGAGCCCCAGAACAAGGCCCUCAGCCGACAGAACUGCCAUAGCCUCAUUCUCCGAGACCCGACUGUUAGAAACAAGAGAACAUUAUUGUGGGCUUAGGAGGAUAAUUCUACCCCAAAUUCUAUCAAGCCAUUCCAGAAGAGAUUUUUUUAAAAGCCAUUACUCCUUUAGUCGCUGUGCAGAGCCAGUUUAAUACGAGAGCAGGCUCUUUCUAUGUCAAUUCAAAGGCCCCAUGACGUGAACGAUAGGCCUCAAACUCAGCCAGUGUUUCCUUCGGCUGAGUCAGAAUCGGGCGUCGGGAAGAGUCGUGCUCUCCUGUGACACAAAAGACUCAAAAUUCUAGGCAUUCUGGGUUUCUCUGUGUCGGAGUAAACGCUGGCCCGGAAUCCCACCUCCUCAGGGCUCGCUUUGAGCCCCGUGUGCCGAUGGGCUUUCCGGAGUUGGGAGCACCUUUGGGGGGAGCGAGGUCCCCGCUGUUUACCCACCGUGUGGAGCGCAGCUCCUGAGGGACAGAGGGGAGAGGGGGGGGGCCUGUGCAGCAAGAUCAGCAAAGAGGCAGGCUUCCUUUCCUACUAGUUGACUCCAGCUGGGAGGAAAGAGGGUUCCAUCCAGAUGUUUUCCUUUACGGGAAAUGUUGGGGGAAAGUCUCUUCGUAAGCAACUACGAAGGCCGUUGCCCUCCUCCUCCGACACGGCAGUUGAGACACACAGAGAAUUUCUCACUCCCCUCCUUUGAAUGACGGGGCACUCGAUGAAAACACGGUGUGUUGGUCACAGAACAAAGGUUCCCCAGAAGCAACGGGCCUCCCCCCACGGAGGCCCCUCACUUGUCACCCUCACUUUGGGAUGACAUUGCAAACCAAGCGGCGCCAGGGCAGACUGCGCUGGGUGCGCUUGUCUCCUCCUUGCCCAAAUUCUGCAAACCCACACAGGCAUGCUGACAGUGCCAAGCAGCAGGCUUCCUCCUGGAAAAAAAAAAAAAAAGGGCUGGGGUCCUCUCAGAGCUCCAUUUAUUUGAGCUUCAAUGUAGUUAAGGCUGGGGGCUGGCUGAGGUUAGUGAUUCGUGUCAUCCGAAGGACAAAUCUCUAAAUGCCCAGCUUCCACCUGCCUGUGCAGCUGAGACCUAACUUAGCACACAUUUUGUUCUGAUUGGGCGGCAUUCACUCCGCAUCUGCGCUGCUUCUCAGUUACACGUUAGGCUGAGCUCCAUCAAAGCCAUCAGGACGCCAGGGCACCUGUUUCAGCCGGUUACUCACUCCCUGGGCAAGGGGGAUUCGUUUAUUCUGUUUUAUAAUUGACUGAUGAAUGUACUGGGGGUAAUUGAUUUGUCUCUUUAUAUUUUUCUGCUACUAAAUAGAACUGAAAUGUCUUUUUUUUUUUUUUUUUUUUUUUUUUGCUUUCCCUUCUAGCGCUCCUCAGACCAAGGCUUUUGCAUGCAUAGUAAGUGAAUACAUUCUAAUCUUUCCCCCUCAGAGUUAUGACUCCAUCUAGAUUGAGGAAACCAACACACAUUCCUGAUUUGGGGAAAGCAGACCCCCCCCCGCCAAGCCCCCGCCCCAACAAGAAUUCAGGUACAUGGCUGUAUGCUCACCAUUGCUACUCAAAGUGUGGGCCACAGACCAGAGGCAGGAGCCCCAUCCGGGAACUUGUUGGAAAUGCAGAGUCUCAGGCCCCACGCCAGCCCACUGCACCGAAUUCGGCCUUUUCACAGGGUCCCCAGGCGAUCCAUACACACUGAAUAUUGAGAAGCACCGGCCUCGCCCACAGCAAUGGUCACCAGCAUCACUAAGGGUCAGAAAAUCAAACCGUUUCUUCCUUUUGCGGAAUGAGUUGAUGGCGUUACGGUCCCGUGUGAUCAUCAGGAUAAAAACAAAUGCACCUUAAAAUUCCACUUGAGGCCACACAGAGCUUGGGCGGUGGACACAGAGAGAGGGUCUGUCUCCAGUUCAGUUUUGUAAAUGCUCACUGCACAGCCUUGAGCCCCCUCACAGCCCCUUUUCAGGGUUUUCGUUUGAGCCCGUGCUGGCCAGGCCAUCAGAAUGUCGCUGGCCCCGCAGGGCGGGUCCGGGAAGGUCUGCCCAGGACAGUGCAGACACAGUGCUCCUUCCCUGGGGCCAGCAUCCCCGCAGCGGGCACCCUCCUCCCGAGAGGAAACUAGCCAGAGGAGUUCGUCUUCGCAGCUAGAAACAUUCCUAAUCGCUUCGUAAGCCAGUUCUCGUCCCCUUUACACCAACCGGAGACACUCCGAGGUGAGCGAGGAGAGGUGCGAACGGUGAUAUUGGCGCCAUCGAUCGAUAUGUACCCAGAAACAGUUAUGUUCUAAGUUAACGGCUUUAACCUGUUCAUUGUAAAAAGUGCCUUGGACUUCAAUCUAAAGAGGUCAGUAUAAAUAUGUGUGUGUGACGUAUGUAGGCAAAUAUUUACAUCUGUGUACAUACAUAGGUGCACACACAUAUACCCGCACACUCAUAUAUGACAUAUACAUACAUAUAUAAGCGCUUCAUAAUAUAUUAUAUGGCUAUCUGCAGCUCCA